AUGGAAAUGUCAUUCGAUCAGGACGAUGAGGAUCAGCAGCUUGAUGAGGCGGCAACUGCGAUCAUGUUGAGGCGCUUACCAUGCAAGUUGAUGAUCGACAGCUUUCUGGAGAUUUUGAACCAGUUCUGGCCAGGCCGCUACAAUUUCGUUUACGUGCCCCAUGACAAGUCACGGGCACGGAAUGUGGCCUUGGCCUUCGUGAAUUUCACGGACAGUGAAUCAGCUAGGAUGGCAUAUGCGUACUUUCAGGGACGCGCCCAUCCGAUGGACAUCCGCCUUGGUCGUCACAUUCGUGUUUGUCAAGCAGACGUCCAAGGACUCAAUCUCAACCUGGCAUAUUUUAUCGCCAGGAGUGGCUUCAGCGACAUGGGUAAUCCCCAUGCGCCUCGAGUCUUCGAGAACGGUCGGCGUAUCGACCUAGUGGAGGCUGUUCAGAAGCACGUGACCAUGCAACUUGUGGCACAGGCAGGUCGGCACAUGAAGGCCGUCGACGAUGUCCGGGCGAGAAGAGAGGCACCGAAGGACCGUCGCAAGGAUGCCUCUGUGCCGCUUGUGCCACAAGCUCCCGGACGGCAUGCUUGGCAUUCAGACCAGGAUGACAGCAGCGGAUCGUCGACCCGGCGGCGAGCUUCCGAAGAUGGGACCGAUCCCAGCGGCGGCAGCUCUUCGAGCCAUUCGCCCGUGUCCAUUCGUGCCCGGGAUUCUUUCCUACUGUUCGAUGAACAACGCGUCUUGGACACAGGAGACGGUGACCUGGUCCAUGUCCACUACACCAGUUUCCUCAAAAAGGAGGGGGCGCAGUUCGAAAGUACUAGGGGCGGUGAUCCGUAUGUGUUCAAGUUGGGCAAGUGCAAAGAUCACUCCAAGCCUGAGUGCAUGAAGGGCUUUCAGUCCGCCCUGCUGGGCAUGUGCGCCGGGGAGAAGCGGAAGGCCACCGUCCCGCCCAAGCUCGGUUUCGACAAGAAGGCUCGCCCUUCGGGGAUUCGAUCCGAUGAGCAUGUCAUCUUCCACCUCGAAAUGGUGGACAUCGACAAAGCUUAG